CUGUUUCUGAAUCUGAUAGUUGUGAAGCCAGGAGAAGAUAGGCACAAAGAGAGAGAGAGAGAGAGUCCCUUUUCAAUGGAAUCUGUUCUAAGCCAAGUUGGUGGAGGUUUGUGCAAUGGCAUGACCCCAUUGAAGGGGUUAGCUGAAAGCCAAAGGGGAGUUUUAGGUACCCAUUUCAAGCCUUGUUCCUUUGGUGUUGGCGGUAGGAGACCAAGGCGUGUGGUUUUGGUAAAAGCUGAGGCGGUGAAUAUAAACCCAGAUAUCAGGAAGAGUGAAGAGAAAGUGGUGGAUUCUGUGGUGGUUACUGAACUCUCCAAACCACUCACUGCUUAUUGCAGAUGUUGGAGAUCAGGGACUUUUCCUCUUUGUGAUGGGAGCCAUGUAAAGCACAACAAAGCCACCGGGGAUAAUGUUGGGCCUCUUCUUUUGAAAAAGUAAAAUUAUGAUAAUAGAGGAUUGUAUUUAACUUUCGGAGGAAGAUUUUUGUUUGUCAGACCAUUUCAAUGUCAAAAUAAAUCAUGGCGUAGGCUGUGACUCCGCUAUCUAUU